AGCAGAAGCCGUAGUAACAAAGUUUUAUAACGAAUUAAUAGGUUUACAAUAAUUAAAGAAUAUCUUCCUACUUGGCUUAAGUGUAGACGUAAGCUUCAGAGUGUUAUUUAAGAUGCCUUCCAGAAAUCAGCCUGGUCUUCUAGCUCGAGUGAAUUUUCCUCUUUACACUCUACAAAUGCUUACAAGCCGUCAUGUUAUUGUUGGAGGUGGUGGAGGUUCAUCUAAAACAGGGGUUGCUAACGGGUUUGAAAUUUUUGAGCUGUCAUACAACGGGAAUCGGUUUGUCGUUGAAGAGAUGAUACGACAUGAGACAGGGCCCAGUGUUGUUAUGAAUUGCGCUUGUGUGAGUACACCAAAGAAAACAUACCUGGUCGCUGGACAAGAGAGCCACUGCCAACUGUAUCUGGUCACAUCAGAAAUUGUCUCAAGGAAAAGGAACAUAAGCACUUCAAACGACGUACAUCAGAAGAAAGAGGGAGGUGUUCGUAGAAGAACGACAUCUAAAUCAAAGAGUAGUACAAGUGAAGAUCCACCAUCAAAAAUUAAUGAAGAUCAUAUAAAAACAGAGGGCAGUAAAGAUAGUCAAAACACCUUAGAUCGACAUUUAGAGUUUCAUAUUAAACCAGCUGAUAGUAUUCAAACUGAUUUCAGCUCAGAGGCGCUACAGAGAGUUGUAAGGAUCAGCCCGUCCGGUCAGCUGAUGGCGACUGGAGGAACUGACGGACAUGUCAGACUCUGGAACUUCCCCUCCAUGAAGCCGCACUGUGACAUUGUGGCACACCACAAAGAGAUCGAUGACCUUGACUUUAGCCCUGACAGCAUUUCUGUUGCUUCUGUCUCGAAGGACGGCAAAGGAUACAUUUGGUGUGUCAAAACAGGCAACAAACUGACUGAGUUGGAGUGGACCCCCACAAAUGGAACAAAAUACCUCUACAAGAGAUGCAGGUUUGGUCGAGUUGAGGAGGAUCCAAAGAAAAGUAGGCUGUUCCUGAUAUGCAACCCUGUGAGCCGCGUGGGAAAGCAGACUGCGCACAUACAGUUGUGGGAUCCUGCGCAAGGUCUGCGUCGCACUGCGCAAGUGGAGGAGAGUCUAUCUGCGCUGGCCGUGCGCGACGACGGACGGUUCAUUGCAGUCGGCACCAUGUUUACGGGAACUGUCGACAUUUAUAUUGCCUUCAGUCUACAGAGGGUACUUCACGUCAAGGAUGCCCACAGCAUGUUUGUCACAGGACUAGAGUUUCUACCAGCGCUCGGCUCUGAGACGUCCAUCACCACCGUGUCUGAGGCAGCCGUCGUCAGUAUCUCUGUGGAUAACAAAGUCUGCAUCCACAACCUCCCGUACAGGCGGACACUUCCAUCAUGGCUUGUAGUAGUUUUGAUCAUAGUCACUCUAUUCUUCACAUUUGUGAUAUGCAGUUACAUGGGGUUAUGACGCCCUAAUGACACUUAAGUUCUUCUCAGAUCACUUGUCUUACUGUAUAGUUCUAUUUAUUAUCUUCCAUGUACCUAGUGGUGAGUGUGUUUUGUACAUAUGAACGGAAAGGUAUUGGAUGUUAAAAUUUGUAAAUACUAUCCUAAACUGUGUUUGUCCGACUAGUACGUAAAAAUAAGUUAUCGGAUCUUGCAUGUUAUGACUAGUAAGCGCAAUAGUCUUCAAAUAAUCAACUUUUAGAGGAAUAGAUUUUAAAUAUGGAAUUUAUAAACAUUAAAAAAGUGUUACAAUAUCUAGAGCAUUUUUUUCACUGUUGAUUAAAAGUUUGUGU